UCAGGAUUUAAACUUCACCUCUGACUGAGACGCGAGCUGCUCCUCUGCUCUCCUCUGCUGCGUCUCCUCCUCGCGCCUCGGUCGGUGGAAAACAGGAGUUUUUGACUGUGUGUUUUUUUUUUUUAAUUUGUUCAGCGGGACGAUUUCUCCCUGACCCCGGCUCUGACCCCGGCUCUGACCUCGGCUCUCCCCUCGGCUCUCCCCGCCAUGGGCUCCGUGCUGCCCGGCUCUUCUCUGGGCCUGAAGCCGGGCUUCAAGCCUCCGCUGUCCCUCGCGGACAUCAUCACCUCGGACAUCCUGCACAGCUUCCUGUACGGCCGCUGGAGGCACGUGCUGGGCGAGCAGCAGCAGCACCCGCACCAGCAUCACCUGCAGCACGAGGACCGCACCGCCCCGAGCGCGAGCCCCAAGACCGCGUUCACCGCCGAGGUGCUCGCGCAGUCCUUCUCCGGAGAGGUGCAGAAGCUGUCCAGCCUGGUUUUACCCAGUGAGGUGAUCAUCGCUCAGAGCUCAGUCCCAGGAGAAGGUCUGGGCAUUUUCUCUAAAACCUGGAUCAAAGCGGGGACAGAGAUGGGUCCGUUCACCGGACGCCUGGUGUCACCUGAACACAUCGACCUGUACAAGAACAACAACCUGAUGUGGGAGGUGUUUAAUGAGGACGGCACAGUCAGGUAUUUUAUCGAUGCGAGUCAGGAGGACCAGAGGAGCUGGAUGACGUACAUCAAGUGUGCGAGGAACGAGCAGGAGCAGAACCUCGAGGUGGUCCAGAUCGGCAGCAGCAUCUUCUACAAGGCGGUGGAGACCAUCCCUCCCGACCAGGAGCUGCUCGUCUGGUACGGAAACUCUCACAACACAUUCCUGGGAAUCCCUGGAAUUCCUGGAGGAGAGGACGAACAGAGCAAGAAGACCAAGAGCGGUGAGAGGGUGGUCUCAGAGUUCAGUCUGAAGCUCUUCUUCUCUGCAGAUGAUUUCCACACCUGUGAAGGCUCCACCUCCACGACCUCCACCUCUUCCACCAGUCUGGGGCGCAUGCGAUGUGUUAUCUGCCACCGCGGCUUCAACUCUCGCAGCAACCUUCGCUCCCACAUGCGCAUCCACACUCUGGACAAGCCGUUCGUCUGCCGCUUCUGCAACCGUCGCUUCAGCCAGUCGUCCACGCUGAGGAACCACGUCCGGCUGCACACCGGAGAGCGCCCCUACAAGUGCCACGUCUGCCAGUCCGCGUACUCGCAGCUGGCUGGUUUGCGGGCGCACCAGAAGAGCGCCAGGCACCGCCCCACGGGGGACAGCGCCGCCCCAGGAGGAGGUGUACUGGUGGUGGGAGGAGGAGGCGGGGUGCACUCGACGCACUCGCCGCCUCCUCCUCACCCUCCCCAGCUGACCGCCGUGCCUCACCCAGCGUCGCUGGUUCACCACAUACCCACCAUGGUGCUGUGAUGGGGCGAUGGCGAGAGGAGACGAGCUGAAAUAACUGAGGCGCACAUGGAGACGUUUCAGGCUGGAAAUAAGAGAGGAACCUGCUCACGUCUCAUCAACCAAUCACAGAGAGAUGUUUCCAACCAACCACUAGAGGGCGCCAUCGUCUUCUGCAGAAACAGCAACAAUAAGAAACAGCAAAGCUUUGUCAUUAAACUCACCAACAAACAAACGUCCUCCUCCAAACAUCCAGCAGCUCCAUCACCCAACCCAGGGCACUUCCUGUGGGGGGGCGGGGGGCGCUGUUACGUGCAUGGAAACGAGUUUUAGCCGACAUAUGACCCUCCGCCCCCCGUACCCCACCCACUGGUACAGUUUGUUCUGAAUGCGCUGCUUCAUGAGGACAAGCUGAAACAAAAGAUGCAUGCUCCUGUUGCAUGACGAGUCGUGUUCGGUCCUUCAUGUACGUUUGAAUCUGUGUCCGUGAGCUUACGUGUGCCGUGCUUUGGUCUGCAUGCUCCAGCUUCUCUGUUAAAGGAUGUCAUGUAUGUGUGAAAACAAGAAGAAGAUGCUACAGUCUCCAAGUCUUUCAACACUCAGACUUCUUCAGAGGACAACACUGAGUUUCUGGUAGACAGCCCACCUGCUCAGUUUGUCCAGGUGUGGUCACAGUGAAAAGAAAGUACACGACAUAUCUGCUGCUUAGCUGGUUUCAAAGUGAUUUAAAUCUGAUGAACAACAACACAGUCUGUGAAAUCUUAAGUCCACCCUUUGUUUGGAUGGAAGGGUUACUAGAGAAAGCCUCUUCUCAGUUUAGGUUUCCAAACCCCACCAACACCUCGUACCAACUGUCAGCACGGUGGCUCGCUGAAUGAACCAUGAACUCUGUAUGCCAAAGUAUUCACAUGUGAGGCCGUCUGUCUCACAGCUAAAGCUUGGACCAAACCGGACAUUGAUUACAAGCACAGCAGGAAACCUGCAGCAGAACGGCUGGAAAAGACAAGAAUGGAGCUGCUGCAGCGGUCCAGUCCAGACCUCAGAGAGCUGUGCAUGAAUGAAUGCUGGUUUUACUUACCGCUGAAGCGUGGGGUGGACUCAGUUUUUCACAGGACUGCAUGCUGUGCCUGAAUACUAAUUCAGUAGUAAUGUGUUAGUUUGUUGAGUUAAUUAUAAAAUAACUAUUUGUGACUACAUUCAUCUAUUAUCAGAGCAACUUUAUUGACACUUUAGCCUUGUUAUGCAGCAGUAGCCACCACGCUAGCACUUUAGCUUACACAUUAUGUAUUUAAUUAAAAAAAGCUCAAAUAAAAAUUUUAAAUGUAGAGCAUCAUUUUACUUUCACUCUAAAAGUUUUAGUUUUAAACAUUUUAAGCUUAAAUGGUACCUGCUAGCCUAACAUACCGUGGUAGUUACAGAUAGUUUCAUACAAAUGUAUUAGCCUGCUAAGGCAAAUUAGCAGGCUAAUGAAUACGUUCAUGUAUUUUAUCUCAUGCUCACCACUGAAGAAGGAAGUUGUGUUUUGAUAUUUGGUGUAGCUAACAUGUUAGCUGCAUGCUAACAUGUUAGCUGCAUGCUAACAUGUUAGCUGCAUGCUAACAUGUUAGCUGCAUGCUAACAUGUUAGCUGCAUGCUAACAUGUUAGCUACAAACACAUUACUGACCAACAAAUUAGUCUGCUAAAAAGUCAUUAAAUCCCUCUGAAGAAGUUCACCACUUAUUAGAGUAAGUAGAGUCUGAAAUUUAGCAUGUUUUACUGUUUUUUCAUUAUUAAUGCUGAUAAUGUUUUAGCUGUGAUGCUAACUAAUUAGCAGGCCUAAACGGGCUAACAGAUAUGUUCGAUAGAAAAAAAGAGAACUGUAAUUUUAUCUCUUCCCCACUUUUUACCCUGAGGCCUGAUUUGUGUAUAUGAUGCUCAGAAUGAUGACAAGAGACACUAAUAACUGACUGAGCCUGUUAACUGACGACUAGCUGUCAGGCCUUUUUUCCUGCUGUGUAAAUUAGCAUCGUCAAAGAUAAGAAUGUGAAUAUAAACAUGAGAUGUGCCCAGAACAUAAUUCUAUUGUCACUUUAUCUCUGUAUAUGUAUAUGUAGAAGGUCAUAUAUGGCACAUGUAUUGGUAAUGAAGUAUGUUGACUUCUAAAAGGGACACUGUAUUUGAGCCUAUAUACUCUUAAUAAAG